UGCCCUCUCUCUCUCCUUUUCGGUCUCACUCUCAAUGGCCAUCCAACAUGCACGCCCCCACCGCCCUCCCUGCCGCCCACCCCACUACAAGAUAUAAACUCCAGCCUUCUUUCUUUUCUCUAUCCUUCUGGACUCUCCUCCUCCUGCUCCUCUGCUAUUCUGGAGUCUGUUGUUGCUUUCUUCUCUUGCUUCCCAUGGCUCUCGCUACUUUCUUCUUCCCAUGUAAUUUCCUUGCCACAGCAGCUUCAGAUCCGGAAAAGCCCUAUCCCCUGUCUUCCCACUGCCUUGGGGGGGCUGCUCUCCAAGCCCUCCAACAUCGAAAUAGAUUUCUCAAGCCUAGGAAAAGCACAUGCGUUUGUGCAUCACUAUCAGAGAGUGGAGAGUAUCAUUCACAGAGGCCACCAACUCCUCUCUUGGACACCAUCAACUAUCCCAUCCACAUGAAGAAUCUCUCAAUCAAGGAACUUAAACAGCUCUCAGAUGAGCUCCGUUCGGACAUCAUCUUCCAUGUCUCAAAAACCGGUGGUCAUCUUGGUUCGAGCCUUGGUGUCGUUGAGCUAACAGUUGCCAUCCACUAUGUCUUCAAUGCUCCUGAAGAUAAGAUACUUUGGGAUGUCGGCCACCAGUCAUAUCCACACAAAAUCUUGACAGGGAGGAGAGACAAGAUGCCAACUUUGAGACAGACGAAUGGCUUAUCUGGAUUCACUAAACGCUCGGAGAGCGAGUACGACUCCUUUGGUGCUGGUCACAGUUCCACCAGUAUCUCAGCAGCCCUUGGGAUGGCUGUUGGGAGAGACCUGAAGGGCCGAAACAACAAUGUGAUUGCAGUAAUAGGGGAUGGAUCCAUGACUGCUGGACAGGCAUAUGAGGCUAUGAACAAUGCUGGAUAUAUUGACUCAGACAUGAUUGUCAUACUGAAUGACAAUAAGCAGGUUUCUCUGCCCACUGCAAAUCUUGAUGGGCCUAUACCACCGGUUGGAGCUUUGAGCAGUGCUCUCAGUAGAUUGCAGUCUAGCCGGCCUCUAAGAGAACUCAGGGAGGUAGCCAAGGGAGUCACAAAGCAGAUUGGAGGGUCAAUGUAUAAACUAGCUGCAAAAGUGGAUGAGUAUGCUCGAGGAAUGAUUAGUGGGUCUGGUUCAACCUUGUUUGAAGAGCUAGGUCUCUACUAUAUAGGUCCGGUUGAUGGUCACAACAUGGAUGACCUUGUCACCAUUCUCAAAGAGGUUAAGAGCACAAAAGCAACAGGCCCAGUUCUCAUUCAUGUUGUAACUGAGAAAGGAAGAGGAUACCCCUAUGCAGAGAGAGCUGCAGACAAGUAUCAUGGUGUCACCAAAUUUGAUCCAGCAACUGGAAAGCAAUUCAAAGCCAGUGCCAAGACUCAAUCUUAUACAAACUACUUUGCUGAGGCUUUGAUAGCUGAGGCAGAGGCGGACAAAGACAUCGUUGCAAUUCAUGCAGCAAUGGGAGGGGGAACAGGCCUUAACUACUUUCUUCGCCGCUUUCCAACAAGGUGCUUUGAUGUUGGAAUUGCAGAGCAGCAUGCUGUCACAUUUGCAGCUGGUUUAGUCUGUGAAGGCCUUAAGCCCUUCUGUGCAAUCUACUCAUCAUUCUUACAACGGGCAUAUGAUCAGGUGAUACAUGACGUGGAUUUGCAGAAACUGCCAGUAAGGUUUGCGAUGGAUCGAGCUGGGCUUGUUGGAGCUGACGGCCCAACUCACUGUGGAUCAUUUGAUGUCACAUACAUGGCAUGCCUGCCAAAUAUGGUCGUCAUGGCUCCUUCUGACGAGGCUGAACUGUUUCAUAUGGUUGCGACUGCAGCAGCCAUCAAUGAUCGGCCAUCUUGUUUGCGAUAUCCAAGAGGUAAUGGGGUCGGUGUUCCUCUACCCCCAGGAAACAAGGGCGUCCCUCUUCAGGUGGGCAAAGGUAGGAUACUGAUCGAGGGUGAAAGGGUGGCUCUUCUGGGAUAUGGAACAGCAGUUCAGAGCUGCUUGGCUGCUGCUACCCUGGUGGAGCGACAUGGUCUUAAAGUAACAGUUGCUGAUGCGCGCUUUUGCAAGCCAUUGGAUCAGGCGCUCAUUCGGAGCCUGGCUAAAUCACAUGAGGUGCUGAUCACAGUAGAAGAAGGCUCCAUCGGAGGAUUUGGCUCUCAUGUUGCUCAAUUCAUGGCACUUAAUGGGCUCCUUGAUGGCAAAACAAAGUGGAGACCAUUGGUUCUUCCAGAUAGAUACAUCGACCAUGGAUCACCAGCUGAUCAGGUAGCAGAGGCUGGCUUGACACCAUCUCAUGUAGCAGCUACUGUAUUUAAUAUCCUUGGACAAACCAGAGAGGCUCUUGAAAUCAUGUCAUAGUGGGGCCAACAAAAAAGUGUGGUUUUCACCUGGAUAGAGAGGGUGGUCUUUCUCCUCACGAUUGUAAAUUUUGAUGUUAAGAAGAAAACAGUUCUGUGAACAAGCCCGGUUGCAUAAAUGACAUGCUUGACCAAAGGAUGAUGACAAAUGGAUUCUAACUGUUAAGAAACAUUGGACCUCAACAGGAAAAUUUUCGACGCUC